UGGUGCCUAGUUUCAUUCACAACGAUUCUCAACGUCACUCUGGAUUACGGAAAGCUUUGACAGAGAAGCUCCUUCCUCGGGCUCCUUGGACAGGAAAGCAGGGACUUUUACACACAGCCCGCGUGAACAAUGAAAAUGUCAGCGGAGGAGAUCAGCCAGGUCCUCAAGGAGGGAGAGCUGGAGAAGAGGAGCGACAACCUGCUCCAAUUCUGGAAGAGGAAGACGUGCGUCCUGACCACGGACAGCCUCAACAUCUACGCCGACACGCAGAAGCGCUCCAAGGGAAAGGAGCUGAAGCUGCAGUCCAUCAAGAAAGUGGACUGCGUGGAGCGCACCGGCAAGUUCGUCUAUUUCACCAUCGUGACCACAGACAAUAAGGAGAUCGAUUUCCGGUGCUCCGGGGAGGAGAACUGUUGGAACGCGGUGAUCACCAUGGCGCUGAUCGAUUACCAGAACAGAAAGGCUAUCGAGGACUUUAAAACCCGACAAGAUAACGAGAGCGCGUCACCCGGACAGCAGGAGAGACGCAUGGCGAGGGCGCCCUGAGCGCACGAGGACUUCGGCACUUACCCACUCCUAAUAUGUGUCAAUAUGGACCAUACAGAAAUAGUUCGCGGACCAAAAGGAAGACGAGGUCAUCCGGUCCAAAGAUGAAGGAUUGUUCCGGACUGGGCUCUCGCCGAGGGGAGAGACAGCUGAUCUAAACUCGAGAGACACUCAGACAGAGAUCCCAACAAACAGGACUGAACCCUUGAAUUGUCAAAACUAUUUCAAGUUUACUCUCCUGGGAGGAAUGACUCCUAAAACCAUGAUGUUAAUUUAUUUGUUUCCAGGAUAUGUGUUACUGGCAAACAGCUUGUAUAGUUUAAAUUAUUUACUUUUUCAAUGUGUGAUGACUGAUGAGUGUUUAUUUAUUUGAAUAAAUAUUCAUGCUUUUUGACAUAA